GGGAUGAGCGGGCAGACUGGCAGGGGUACAGGAGGGCUGGCUGACCUGUUCUUGUCGCUGAUAUUUCUUGCUCCAAUGGCUGGCCAAGAUUUCUAGUGGCAGAGACAGGAACCCCUCCCCCGACUCAGUCUGGUCAGCCUGGGGAGGAGGCCUGGCUCUUCACUACCCUUCCCAGAAGAGCAGUCACGGCUUCAGUGGCCCCUGAGGAAGAAGGGGGGGGAGGGUGCCGGCAAGUUUGGGCCAGGGCCCAGCUCACGUGAUGCAGAUGGCAGAGGCCUGGCAGCUGGGAUGUGCUCUGCAGUGCCUGUGCUCCCCUCCACGCCUCUCCUCUGCCCUCUGCCCUCCUGAGCCCUGCAGGUCAAUGUUUAAUGAAACAGGAAGUGGGGUGGACCUGUGAGCAAGGGGCUCAGCCGCCCACCUUGAGCAGGGCUCAGACGGUCCGAAGCCUGGGCCACUAUACCAGCCCUGCCUCCCCUGGCCAGGUUCCCCGAGACCUGCUCUGAGCCAUGGCAGCCCUCCUGCUUUGGAUCUGCGCCCUCACCAUGACCCUGCUCCACACGGCUCGAGGCUUCACAGUUCCCGUGGUACCCAGCCAACCCUUCACCACCAUCUGGAACGCAAACACCCAGUGGUGCCUGGACAGCCACGGUGUGGACGUGGACGUCAGUGUCUUCGAUGUGGUCGUCAACCCGGGGCAGACCUUCCAUGGCCCUGACAUGACCAUUUUCUACAGCUCCGAGUUGGGCACGUACCCCUACUAUACGGCUGCUGGGGAGCCCGUGUUUGGUGGCCUGCCUCAGAACGCCAGCUUGGAAACCCACCUGGCUCGUACAUUCCAGGACGUCCUGGCCACCAUAGAUGAACCCGACUUCGCAGGGCUGGCAGUCAUUGACUGGGAGGCAUGGCGCCCACGCUGGGCCUUCAACUGGGAUUCCAAGGACAUUUACCGGCAGCGUUCCCGCGAACUGGUGCAGGCGCGGCACCCCCACUGGCAGGCUCCUCAGGUGGAGGCAGUAGCCGAGGUCCAGUUCCAGAGCGCUGCACAGGCCUGGAUGGCGGGCACCCUCCAGCUGGGGCAGGCACUGCGUCCUCGUGGCCUCUGGGGCUUCUACGGCUUUCCCGACUGCUACAAUCAUGACUUUCUAAGCUCCAACUACACAGGCCAAUGCCCACCGGACGUCCAUGCCCAGAACGACCAGCUAGGAUGGCUGUGGAACAGGAGCCGUGCCCUCUACCCCAGCAUUUACAUCCCUGCCGCGCUGGAGGGCGCAGAGAAGGCACGGCUCUAUGUGCGGCACCGUGUGGGGGAGGCGUUCCGUGUGGCUGCCGCUGCCGGGGACCCCGAUCUGCCGGUGUUCCCCUAUGCCCAGAUCUUCUAUGACAUGACAGACCGCUUUCUGCCCCUGGAGCACCUGGAGCACAGCCUGGGGGAGAGUGCGGCCCAGGGCGCAGCAGGAGUGGUGCUCUGGGUGAGCUGGAAGAACACAAGAACCAAGGAGUCAUGCCAGGCCAUCAAGGAGUAUGUGGACACCGUGCUGGGACCUUUCAUCCUGAAUGUGACCAGCGGGGCUCUUCUCUGCAGUCAAGCCUUGUGCUCUGGCCAUGGCCGCUGUGCCCGCCGCCCCAGCCACCCCGAGGCCCUCCUCACCCUCAACCCUGCCAGUUUCUCCAUUGGGCUCACACCUGGGGGCGGGCACCUGACCUUGCAGGGCGCCCUCUCACUUGAGGAUCGGGCCCGGAUGGCUAUGGAGUUCAAAUGCCAGUGCUACCGUGGCUGGCAGGGAGCAUGGUGUGAGCAGCAGGGCCUGUGAUGCCUGGCCACACACUGGGAUGCACAUGGGAGCACCUCACGUACCCCGGGCCGGGCCAGGGCCUCCGCACAUCCAGUCACAGUCACGCAAGUCAUGGUUACAGGAGUACACUCAGCCACCGUCCAGGGCUGGCACCUGCACACAUGCAUGCUUAUAGACCGCGAGAGUCAUGUAAGGAGUAGGAACCACGGCAGGCACCGUCCACUCCAUGUCCACAUGUGUCCCCUUGGGAGCGUCGUAAACAAUGCCUUCAGAAUCAAACUGCAGUGACCACAAAAGCUGACAUUCACUGAGCGCCUACUCUGUGCCCUGCCCUGUAAUAACCUUUUUCCUUUUUAAGGUUUUUGCAACAGUGCGUAUGUGCUCUCCAGAAAGGGACAGAAGGAACAGAGAGAAGGAAAGUGAGAAAUCCCCCCCCAUGGGGGAAUUGGCCACACCACCGUCCCCUCUCCUCCAUUCUUCUUUUGGGAUUUUGACCACAAAUGCACAUGAUCUUGGCGUGAUUUUCAUGCCGCCAAGUCCAAAACUCCAACCACGCUCAACCAAGUGGGAAUCCAGCUCUUUUACUACCGCCACCUGCUGGCCCAUGUGCCAACCAUUCUAAGCAGGCUAAUUCAUUCAGUCCUCGCAAGGAGGCUAUGAAGAAGCUGAGGCACCCAGAAGUCGAGUGAGUAAGCGUUUAGCCCAAAGUUGCACAUAGAGAAAGUCUAGCUCCAGAGGUGGAGGGAGCCCUUAUGCUUCUACUGGGUGUUGAUGGCAAUCAGCCCUCCACGACCCCUGAAUCCGCAGAGAGGCGCCAGCCUCGCACACCCGACGAAUAAAACAAUCGUGAUUUAUUUAAUUUA